GAACACGAGUGUACAGCCCACCGGAGUGGGUCCGCUACCAGCGGUACCACGGCCGUUCGGCGACAAUCUGGUCCCUGGGUGUGCUGCUCUACAACAUGGUCUGCGGGGACGUCCCCUUCGAGCAGGACGAGGACAUCAUGCGGGCGAAGCUCUUCUUCCGACGGCGGGUCUCUCUAGAGUGCCAGCACCUCAUCGGCUGGUGUUUGUCCCUGUGCCCCUUGGACAGGCCAUCUCUGGAAGACAUUUUCAACCAUACUUGGGUGCAAGGCCUUCACCUGCCCCAUGAGUCGGCAGAGAUCUGCCUGCACAGUUUGAUCCAGGAGCCUGGCAAGUAA